AUGUCUCCACACGCCGUCUUAACGCCGAUAUGGCAGAGGCAGCUUGGAACAGUGUGCAGAACAUGCCGCAUCAAGCGUCUUCGACCUCGUCUUGUGUCAGUCGGCGCCGUGCAGAAACGCCGGUACUUCACACCCGUCACCUCGAGCGAAGACGACUCGAAAGAGGGCGAUGGUGACGGGAGAGAAAAGGUGGUCAUCUUAGGAAGUGGUUGGGCAGGAUUCGUGCUAUCCCGCCGACUCGAUCCGGAUAAAUAUCGCAUAGUGGUGAUUUCGCCGCGGUCCUACUUCGUGUUUACCCCUUUGCUCAACGACACUUGUGUCGGCACGUUGGAAUUUCGGAACGUUCUCGAAUCGGUGCGGAAGAGAAACAGGAGAGUGGAAUACAUCCAAGCAUGGGCAGACGAUAUCAGCUUCGCCGACAAGACGGUCACGGUGGAAUCAUCCGUGCUGGAUCCAGACGUGGGUCAUGCGUUGACCGGCCCGCGCAAAACCAAUAGCAGUGUCGAAAAGCCCACCGACAAGGCUCCUGGUCCUGGUCAUGCUUCUGUCGAAGGAUUCAUCGAUCAGAAUGUACAGAUGGGCGGGACGGGAAAGCAACAGGCUCCGACGUUCCCCGUUCGCUACGACAAAUUGAUCAUUGCCGUGGGCACGUACAGUCAGACAUUCAACACCAAAGGCGUGCGGGAAAACGCGUACUUUCUCAAGGACGUCGGAGAUGCGGUGGCCAUUCGACGGAGGAUUUUGGAGCUGUUUGAACUGGCCAGGCUGCCCAUCAUCCCGGAAGACAAGAAACGGUUUCUGCUGCACUUCGCCAUUGUGGGUGGCGGACCGACGGGCAUGGAGUUUGCGGCGUGCCUGUCUGACUUGAUCCGAGAAGACAUUUCCCGCAUCCACCCGGAGCUUCUCAAGUACAUCCGCAUCAGCCUCUACGAUGUGGCACCCAAAGUGUUGCCCAUGUUCGACGCGGCCCUGGCCGACUACGCGGUGAAGCAGUACCGACGACAGAACGUCGAGAUCAAAACAUCCCAUCACGUGGAGGAACUGAGGAAAGGGUUCCCCAAUGAUGCAGAGGCGGCUCAGAACCAGGACGAACAGAGGCCGGGGCUGGUCUACACCAUCCGCACGAAAGAGGAGGGGGAUGUCGGCAUUGGCAUGUGCGUGUGGAGCACUGGGCUCAUGGCCAACCCUUUCGUGGCGAAGGCUCUCAACCAUGUGCUUCAAUUCCCCGCCGAAUCGGCCCAGAUCACGCAGGGAGAGGUCGCCGACCCCUCGCAGCGCCAGUGGACGAUCCAACGCGAUCCCAAGUCGGGAUCUAUCCUAGUGGACGACCAUUUUCGGGUCAAUCUCAGCGCCCAGGCGGCCGAGGGCGAGACGGAAGAGACGGUUCCCCAGGCUUGCAUGAAAGAUGUCUUCGCCGUCGGCGACACCACGAAGCUCAAGACCGGCGCCCUCCCGGCGACGGCACAGGUGGCCAACCAGCAAGCGCUGUGGCUGGGCAAGGCGCUCAGUAAACACCCUGAUCCCGAAUCGUUUGCCCAGAGCGCGGGCUUCACGUUCAGGAAUCUCGGGGUUUUCACGUACGUGGGCGGGGCCAAGGCAGUGUUGCAAGGGCCCAACACCGACCACGAAGGCAUUGCCAAGGGCCUCAAGGGGUGGGUGGCAUUUCUGCUCUGGCGCGGCGCCUACCUCACCAUGACGCUGAGUUGGAGGAACAAGUUCCUAGUGCCGAUGCAGUGGUUGGCGGUGAAACUGUUUGGGCGGGACAUAUCGAGGUUCUAG